CCCGUACCACUGAUAAACUGAUCGAUGCGUCUCGUCCACUCAGUCACUCACAAGCACCGCUACCAAAUGUCUCCCCCCUUAGCUAACGAAUCUACUUAGCCUAGCCUACAGUAGGUGUGAAUCUGUCUACACACGCACACCCCGACAGACAGACACCUCAGGUCGGUGUCUUGCUACCGCUGACUCUGCCGGCUCCCUCCAGCCCCAUUCUCUUGGCCUGGCUCCUCUCGCUCUUGCUGGCCUUCUUCCUCUCGUACGUUAUCGUCACGCCAUGCUUCAGCUGUGUCUCCUGCUGCUCCUGCUGCUGAUGAAGCUCCUGGACCCUCUUGCCCCCCCACUGCUCUCCGCCAUUGACGAGCUCUCCGAAACGGCAAAUGACGCGCCCGGCAGCUGCAGCAGACGGCUGGUUGCGCGUGUGUAUGGCGGCCGGAUGGAGGCUGGGAUGCCCACUGGUGGGACGAUGAGCUUUCUGUCUCCCGGUGUGCUGUCAGAUGUCUUCCUCGUGUAUGGGGCGUCUUCCCUCUGCUGCUGCUGCUGCUGUCUCCCGCCAGGCGAGCCCUCGUGACCACAGUGGGGGCAGCUGAUGGAGCCAGACUUCUCCAGCAAUUGCUCUGCAGUGGCGGUCACAAGCUGAUUGCACCCCCUGCACACCGCCUGGAUGCUCGAGUUCCUGCCAGAUGUGGAAAUGUCCGCCAAGAAAACCUCAUAUGCGAGAUGUCUCCUGUUCUGCCGACAGGCGUCACAGAACUCUCGAAAAUCGUCGUCACGCCCCGCCCACGCGUCGACGAUGGCGUCUUUCCUCGCCCAGCAAUCGGUGCAGAUGAUCUCGAGCCUCUUACCCACCUGAGCGGGGCCCCUGUAGCCGCAGUCGGUGCAGUAGACAUUCGCGACACGAUACCUGCUUUACCCACCCAACAUCACAUACACCCGCACCCACACAUGUGCAGUGGUGUGAUGGAUCGGAAAACUCAUCAGACUGACUCUCACGCCCAGAAUGAAUGAAUGAUUGAAUGAUACCUGCUAAGAGGGACAGGCUUCGCGGGCAGACGGGCGCGCUGGAAGGUCCGGCAGUCUGGGCACUGCAGAGCGAUAAAAUAGAUACGGGGGAUACGGGGGCUUAAUACAGACAGCUCACUUGGAAGUCGAUAUCGAUGAACCCGACUGCCAGAACAGACGUCUUGCAGGCGCCACAAAUGACGCUCGGCCGCUGUGAGAUGAAGCUCUCCCCCUCGAAGAAGUACUGCAAACUUCGUUUCGCACCACAGCUCGGGCAAACGAAUUGAAUUGCAGACACCAUUGGUGGUGCGCUCUUCCUCCCUUACUCCCUCAUCUGUCCCUUCUCACUUGGAAGAGUUUGUACGUCUUUUCGGCAUCGAUGACUGCAUUUCUGGGCCUCAAGCAACUGCUGAAGAGGGCGCGGCAGGCGUGCUGACACAUCGCAGUCUCAUGCG